AUGGCGUUGCAGCUCAGGAGCGGGGAUGCAGCAUACUACCAGAGUGCAGAAUACUGCAGAAACUACACUUCGCCGCCUGUCAGCUACGGUGACAGCAGCCAUUAUCUUGCACGUUUGCCAGGUCCAGAAACCAUUCUGAAGCCUCCUUUAAGUCUCUUCAGCCAUCCCCAGCAGCCAUUCCAACACAUGGACUCUCUGCAUCACUUGGGACCUCCACCGAUGGCUCCUACGCAGCCUCUUGUCUCUCCUCUUGUAGCUCGUGCUCAGGCAAUUGGGCCUCCAACUAUGGCUCCUGCCCAGACUCUAGGGCCUCCUCACAUAGCUGCUACUCAUACAUUACGACCACCUCUUAUUACACCAACACAUACCUUAGCUCCCCCACCAUUGCCUCCAACUCAACCGCUGGGGCCUCCACCAAUGGCACAUACUUUGGGGCCCCCGCCUGUAGAUCCAACACAAGCAAUAAUACCUCCCACCAUGGACCUCACACAGCCACUGGGGCCUCUACAUCUGAACCCUACCCAGGCACUGAUGCCCCCACCUGUAGUGACACCUGGAGCUGGCCGACUUCCCCUUCCUCCCAGUCCUUUGUCUUCACCUCCUGCGCCAGGUCUUGACCUGUCACAGAUGCCUCAAAGGCCCCCAGGACCUUCCCUUGCCCCAGCCCCAGUUUCCAGCCUCAUCUGUGGUCCUCUUCCAGGUCAAGCAGCUCCAGCAAGUGAGCAGCCCCAGGAUGAGGGCUCCUCUCUGGGGAUGGAGGAUCAGGAGGACUCUCUGGGGCUAGAAGAAUUGUGUAAACCACUCUACUGUAAACUCUGCAACGUUACACUCAACUCUGCUCAGCAGGCACAGGCUCACUACCAGGGAAAGAAUCACAGUAAAAAGCUAAGAAAUUUCUACGCUGGUAGUCAACAGCCCCCAGCCAUCAGGAUCCCUGAAGUCCUUGAGGGGGCUGGCCAGACAGCUGUUAGCUCAGGAUCUGGUGACAGUGAUGUAGGCAGGCAGGCACUGUAUAAAGGGGCACCUCGGGUCAUCUUGGCGACAGAGAACGACUAUUGUAAAUUGUGCGAUGCCUCCUUCAGUUCACUAGCAGUUGCACAGGCUCACUACCAGGGCAAGAACCAUGCCAAGAAGCUACGACUGGCUGAGGCCCAGCAGAACUCCAAUAACAUGGAAAGCAACAAUGAAGCAGCUAUUCGAAGAAACCGAAAAGAUGGCAGUGAAUACCGACUGGUGAAAAACCGCAGAAGCCCACAGAUGGCUGCUGCCAUGCCAGGGCCAUACUACAACCCCAGGCCAAGACAGCGCAUCCCCAGGGAUUUGGCCAUGUGUGUGACUCCCAGCGGACAGUUUUACUGCUCCAUGUGCAACUGUGGUGCUGAGCAGGAGACGGACUUCAGGCAGCACCUGGAGAGCAAGCAGCACAAAGCCAAAGUGUCGGAGUUAAGAUACCGCCACGAAAUGGAAAACCUCGGCUACAGCUAAGAAACACUAGAGGGGAGAGAAAGACAGAUCCAAGCCAGACUAGAUAGUGAGUUAAAGCACACAGGGCAGUGAAUGCAAACACUUGCUCAUGUUUUAAGGGGCAUAUUUAGUGAGAGCCAUUUUCCCAAACAGCCACCAGAUCUUGUUGCAAUUCAGUUGAUAUACGAAUUACACAUUAAAUCUUGACAGGAGCAUAUAUUAAUCAAUGGCUGUAGCUCAAAUGGUAAAUUAGGUUGUCUGCUAAGUUCAUGGUUGACAGUUUGAUCUCCAGCUCCUCCUGUCUAUAUAUCAAAGUGUCCUUGGGCAAGACGCUGAACCCCAAGUUCCUUCUGACAAGCAGGCCAGCUCUGCCUGUCCCAUCUGCUCGAACACAGAAAAAUAUAAUUGGAUUUGAGCUGUUUACCAUCACUGAAAUUCAGUCUGAAUAUCAGGACUAAGUCAGGGCGCCACAUCAAGAAAAUAUUUUUAACACAGCUCAGAAAGAAAAGGGAAACAUAUGUCAUGUUAUUUUAUAAUGAACAGGAUUACUUUUUCCUAUUUUUUUUAACCCACUAUAUUUUCUUUUCUGGUUUACUCUUCACCAAAACUUUGAGCAGGAUUCAUUCUGACUCGGAGUAUAAUUGCAUGAAAACAAAUUGCAGGAAAAAAUAUACUCAAGGAAGAAGAAAGAGGUAUGCAGAAAAUUCAAGCAGCAAGAGAGAAUGAAAAAUACAGAAAUGCUGGGGGUAGAAGUAAAAUCAUGGAAACACUAGGUCAUGACGUUUUGGGAAAACAAUCAGGACAAAGAAAAACAUUUUAAAUUUAGGUUAAUUUUUUAAUUCUUGUAUAUGAAUCAUAAGUACAGCUAUUUUGCACAGACCUUGCAGCAGGGCCAUUUUUUUAACUGCAGUGUCACAAAUGACACAGAGGAGCAAAUUCAGCAACAUACCAGAGGUAAUAAAAUUCAAUGCACUACUUGCUGACUUAAAAAAAGCAAAGCACAAUAAACUUCAUCUACUCUAAUAGUGUUACUUGAAUUGAAGUGUCAGCUGACGUCUGAUCAGUCCUUUGGUUAAAUUUCAGUCUAAAGGC